CCUGUGUUCUGCUCAGAGCUUGUGAAUAGGAAGUGCGAUGAUGUGGAUCCUAUUGAAUGCCUUUCAUUCUUUUGUAAUAAAUUAGUUCUGAUGUUUUUGCCACAAACUACACCCGGGAGAGGAUGGGGCUCCUGAUCAUUUACACAACUGUGUGUGGAUUUUUACUCAAUACAGGGGUUGCACUACAAAUCCAAUGUUACCAGUGUGAAGAGUUUGAGAAGAAUGAGUGUUCCUCCCCAGAAAAUAUAGUGAACUGUACUGUCAAUGUACAGGACAUGUGCCAAAAAGAGGUGGUCAUGAGGAGUGAUGGUGUACUCUAUCGCAAGUCCUGCGCCACCUCGGCAGCCUGCCUCAUCGCCUCCUCUGGAUACCAGUCUUUCUGCGCUCCUGGAAAGGUGGGCUCGGUCUGCAUUAGCUGCUGCAACACCCCCCUUUGCAAUGGACCCAGGCAGAGGAGGAGGGGGAGCUCAGCUGCAGCCCCCACAGCCCGACUGCAUGCCACCGUCACCCUGCUGCCCUUUUUACUUGUAGUCCUUCUGACAUAGAACUAGCUUUCUAUGAUAUACCAGCAAUGUGUAGAUCUUCUAAAGUGUUAUAGAAUCACUGUCAAUAUUACUCGCACCCCUUUUACAAUGCCUUAAACCAUUAAUCAUUAAACCUGAUCGUUAAAGAGAUUAAAUAAUUUGUCAAUGUCAGGCAGGAAAAUCCCAUUACUGGAGGAAAAAAAAAAAACCUUUAGUAAAAAACAAACAAACAAACAAACAAAACCCUUUGCUAGGACUUUGUUAGUGAGAACACUAAUAGAAAUGGGGCCCAAUCAAGCAGAACUUCACAAUCAGGGGAAUGGAAAGAUAUUGGGAAAUGUUAACACUGGAUAGCAUAGCUCCUGGGUAAAUCACGGUUAGCAAUGAUCAAUAACAUCUUAAAUAAGAUUAGUAUAUAUUAAGUGGAGCUCAUUGGGAAGGUUUAAUGAGAGAGGAACAGUCAUUGUGGUCAAGUUGUUACUUAACCAUGUUGCCACUUAAAGAAAUAUAAAUGCCUUUAAAUGUUUGCCCCCAACAUAGAUAGAAAAUACAAUAUACAAAAACAGGUUGAAAAGUACCCCUUCUUUGUAUUCCAUGUUCUUGUUUUUUUUUUUUUUU